AAUUUCAUUUACCUAUGCGUAUUAUAUCGCGCAGGCCUUGAGUACAGACGACAAGAGUAUUCGUCCGAAACAGUAAGAUGAUUAUUCUUGAAUAUAAAUUGAGAGAAAGAAUAAAGUGAAAAAAUUGAGAAAUUUGGUGAGAAAUUUGAAAUCAGAAUAUAAUGUUUAAAGAUUUUUUUUCACCUUUCAGGAGUAGCAAUAGCAGAAAAGAUCACAUUUCUCCCCCUCCUUGCUCUUCGACCCUGAGCAUGAUUGGUGUUGCAGAAAAUCCAAUAUGGUGUCCGUCGUUUAGUGAUGUAUGUCGGAUGUCCGUAUUUUGUUAAAAAAUUCAUAUAAACGAGGUUUAUUACUACCAGUAACUAUGAAAAUUCGACUGAAACCACCGUGUUGUAAAUAAAAUUAACUAUGGCCAUUAGUAUGCUUGACUGAAGAGUGUUAAAAACGUGUGUCAAAGAGGCGGUAGCUAGGUCAUCGUGUAUAUCAGAUUGGAAAGAGAAGAAAAGAGAAAUAGAAAAAUAUUUUAUCUAAAAUUAAGAAGAAAAAUUUAUAAAUUACAAGGUAAACCAAAAAAAAGGAGAAAAUCACAGAAACCACAAACCUUUCAAAGUAACAUGAAUAAGUCUACGAGCAUAGAAAAUAACAUGGAAAUAGCUAAUCAUGAAGCACAGAUGGGCCAUGUCAAAAUAAAAAAAGAUAAUCUGACAAUAGAUACUGUAUCGCAAGACGUUGAGUCUCGUCUUACAUUGAAAACGGACAAUCUUAACGAGGAACGACAAGCAAAUGGCUUGCAUCAAGUAAAUGGAGUUUUAGACUCGCCAAAAAAAUCCUCGGAACUAUCAAGCAUCGUGUCAGUACCCCAAGGUGUUGCGUCUAGUCAUAAAAGUCAACUUGACAAUGUCGAGGAAACAGCGUCCAUGGAAAGUAAAAACAGCGAUAUUAUGUAUGUUAGUUACACGAGUGAACUCCAAAUGCCAGAUAUUAUGAAAUUAAUUCAGAAAGACCUGAGCGAACCUUACUCAAUAUAUACCUAUAGGUAUUUUAUACAUAAUUGGCCCAAACUGUGCUUUCUGGCUAUGCACGAAGAGGAGUGUGUUGGGGCAAUUGUUUGCAAGCUAGAUAUCCACAGAAAAGUGAUAAAGCGCGGAUACAUUGCAAUGCUUGCGGUAGACGUGAAAUACCGUAAGCGCAAAAUUGGUUCCAACCUUGUGAGACGGGCGAUUCAAGCAAUGGUAGCUGAUGACGCUGACGAAGUAGUUUUAGAAACGGAAAUAACUAAUCGACCAGCGCUUCGAUUGUAUGAAAAUUUAGGUUUUGUUCGAGACAAACGAUUAUUUCGAUAUUAUUUAAACGGUGUAGAUGCCUUGCGAUUGAAACUUUGGCUGAGAUGAAAUUCAACCACAACUUUAUGCCUAUAGGAACUCAAAAUAACUGCAUAAUUGAAUCGAGCAAACUUUGCACGAUUCGAAUUGACGCUAAACGUCAACACCAGACAGGUUGAAAAUUUUGUAUCAUAUUAUUUCUUGUUGAACAAACAUCAUAAUGUACAAUUUAAUUGCUUGAAUUUCGUAAUGCAUCUCUACAUUAUAACAGAUAUUAAAAAUUUACCAUAAUCAUUGCACAAUCUCAAAGAUUGACAUUGAAUUAGAAAAAUUGAAUUAAAUAACCAAUAGGCAAAAACCUCUCUGAUGUUAACGUUGUAUCAUAAUAUUACAGAUUCAAAGUUACAGUCUGACUUGACAAAAGAUAAAAAUUAAGUCUAUAAAAUAAGACUGUGACAGUCGUACUGAAACUAAUCUAUUGUAUUUAUAUUUUCUUGCGUCAAGGUAUAAUAGUUUGAAUUAAGUAUGCAACCAAAUAUCUGUUGUCAGUUGGAACUCAGAAGUGAAGAAAUAACGGAACAGGAGAAAUUUUUCAAGUUAAUAAUCACAUGGUUGAAAGAGAAGGUCCGAUAUUUAUAUAUUAUAUGAUAAAAUAUAAAAAUUAUCGUUUAUGGAAUGAAAAUUCCAAAGUUAAGUGCGCAUUAAUUCUGUGAAUGGAAUGUACAGAUUGCUGUUUAUCAAUGAUACACACAUUUGUAUGAAAAGUUUCACAAAAAGAUUGUAAUGUAACUAUUUAAACAGAGACAGGAGAAGAAAUGAAAGGGAAAACAAGAAAAAAUGUAAAAAAUGUUAAUAAAAAUGCGUAAAUGUUUUUACAUACGUA